UGCGCGGUAACUUGACAGCAGAUCCGUUUUACCUCUUUGCUUUCUUUCUUCCACCCUGCUUCCCCCUUUCUUUCUCUCUUUAACACUUCUUAGCUGCCGUGUAUUUAUUUAUUUAUGCAUGUUUGUUUGACAGUGUUUCGGUUUGUAUUUUUAGUCUAAUGAGAAGGCGGAAACGAUGGAACUGCACAUUUUAGAGCACAGCCUGAAAGUGGCGAGUAUAGAAAAAGAGGGGAUCCAGAUUUGCACUCACGGAUUAAUCAAACUCGCCUUCUUGGCCUCCAAAACAAGGUGCAAGUUUUUUAGUUUGACAGAGACGCCGGAGGACUACACCAUCAUCGUUGAUGUAGAAGGCUUUAAAGAGCUGCCCGAGUCGGAGCACAUCAGCGUCGCCGAUGCCACAUGGUUGGCUCUUAAUGUGGUCUCUGGGGGCGGAAACACUUCCAAUUCCCAACCCAUUGGAGUCACCAAAAUUGCCAAAUCUGUGAUUGCCCCGCUGGCUGACCACAACAUUUCAGUUUUCAUGCUGUCAACAUAUCAGACGGACUUCAUUUUGGUUCGAGAGCGAGACCUGCCGAUGGUCAUGCACACGCUGUCUUCCGAGUUCACUUUGCUUCGGGUGGUCAAUGGUGAGACGGUUGCUGCUCUUGAUCUGGGAGUCACUAAUGGCGUUGAAAAACCGAACCACGUGCCUCGUACUGUCAUUCACCCCCUGUGUAGUCCCAGCAACAUGUUCUGUGUGACCAGCCUGGACCCGGACACGCUGCCCUCAGUAGCCACCCUGCUCAUGGACGUCAUGUUUUAUUCUGGAGGGCCAAAGGAGCACGGAGCAUCGAGUGAGGAUGCCAGCCACAUCCGGUUCUUCUCCUUCUCCCUCAUCGAGGGCUACAUCUCUCUGGUCAUGGACGAACAGACAGCUCGGAGGUUUCCACACAACGUCCUCUUCACUAGCGCAUCUGGUGAACUUUGGAAAAUGGUUCGCAUUGGAGGUCAACCUUUAGGAUUCGAUGAAUGUGGCAUCGUGGCUCAGAUUUCAGAACCUCUGGCGACUGCUGACAUUCCAGCUUACUACAUUAGUACCUUCAAGUUUGACCACGCACUGGUUCCUGAGGAAAACAUACAAAGUGUGAUCAGAGCGCUAAGGACCAAGAGCGCGGCACCAUGAGGGGAGCCACAGGAACCUAUGGAAAGGCUGCUUUCAAAGUCAUUUCGUUCAAACUUUUAUUCAUGUCCGAAAAGUGCCAAGAGCUUCUUAUGGGAUGACAGUGAGAGGACGGGAUGCGUGUUAGGAUGCCUUUAUUACUACUUCUUUUACUUUACGCUUGACUUCCUUCCUCGGAAUUCAAGACUCCUGCUGCCUGCUCUGGUUGCUGUUGCUUUUGGGUACGUGCACAUUAAACCGGUCUAAACCCAAAUACAGACAAAUCCAGCAAAUCAAACAAAAGACUAAAAGCACAGGGUUUUUUUUUUUUUUUCACUUGCAUUGGGGGACAGUAGCACUCAUAGUUCGGCAGAGCUAAAGUAUUUACAUUAGUAAUGUGUUAAGAUGUUUCACAUUCGGCUCAAAUUUUGGGAACUUCAGCUCAAAAUUUGGUGCCGGCAACCAAUCAGAGGCAGUCUUGAUACUGUUAACCGUCGAGUCCCCAGAAGAAACAGUGGAAUCAUCCAAAAUGGAAUUUAUACCAGCUAGCUAUUUGACAUUGCCUAAUUUUCGGAAUUUCUUACUUGCAGAGGUUAGGGUCACUGUUACGACGAGGGGUGUAAGGGGUUAGGAUUUUCACGUCAGUGCCUGCAAAGUCCUUUGAGAUCCCAUUUCAAACAUAGUUUAAUAGAGUGCAGUCAGUUGCAAGACUUGAUGGAACAAAUAAAUUUCUUUAAAUUGAUCAGUUUUGGCUUGCAGCCUGGCUAGCUAGCUCAUUAGCUACAAUGCUUUGCUAGUCUACGUAGCGAAGCUAGCUAGGAUGUAACUGGCUAGAAAAUGAGGCCCUUUGUUAGCAAAUCACACACAGUCUGUCUGCUGUGGAAAUGGAAGGAAAUCUGUAUAACCUAUCGGCAAUCUGUAUAACUUGCCGUGUUUGCACUGAUAUCAUGUAAGGCUCUGAACUGCACACUGGGAACAACUUGCUCAAGGGCAACUCUGUGAUUUUCCUUUCUGGUCAGCGACAUGAAACCGUUUCCAACUCUUUAAGCCAACCCGUCCCCAAACUCAA